CACGCUAUGGUCAAGUCCACCACGCUGCUCGCCGCCCUCGCGCCUUUGGCGCUUGUAGCCGCCGAGGCCCCCAUUCCCGCGCACCCAUUCGGCAUUCCGUACAACGAUGGGUCCCCCGACGCCCCAAUCCAAAUCGACUUUUUCCUCGACUUACUGUGCCCAGAUAGUGCGCAUGCGUUCCCGAACGUGGUCAAGCUCGCCGACAAAUACCCGAUCGACGUACGCGUGCUCUUUCACCACUUCCCCCUUCCGUACCACCGCAACGCCUACAUUUUGCACCAAGCCGCGACGACCAUUCUCAACGCGACCAACGACGACGCGUCCUUCGCCAAGUGGGCCGACACGGUGCUCAAGAACCGAAAAUUGUUUUCCCAUAACGCCACCGUGGAAGGCGUGUCCGCGAACAUCAAGAAGCUGGCGGCGACCGCUUUCCCCGACCUGAAGGGCAGCGUAAUCGAUGCCGGCCUUGCCAAUCGCCAGCGCAACCUCGAAGUGCGCUGGGACUUCAAGUACGGAGGCACGCGGGGCGUGUACGGAACGCCAGCGAUCUUUAUCAACGGCAUUUUCGUCGACUUCAACGACAAUGUCACAUACGACAGACUGUACGACAAAGUGAAGCCGCUCUUGUAAUGUGCCAUGUGAUACUGUUGCAUGUAAUUCCGAGUAACGAUUCAAUUCCUACGUACUAGUAGUA